GUGGUCAAAAAGUCAUCUUCCUCGGCCCUCACCACCAGUAGCACUCGUCCGGUCCAAGCCAAAGAAACCCUCUUCUCCUCUCCUCUUCCUCUAUCGCAUCGCCUCGCCUCGCUUCAACUCAUCUCGCUUCGUCGCCCCCAACUGGAUCUCCAUCUCCAAACCAAUCUCGAUCCCUUACCGUUGUUGGGAAAAAGCUCGCCAGAUUUGAGCUAGGAUUGGUUGCAAAGGAGGCGCGACGGGGAGGACGUGGUGGAGGAAAAGAUGAGAUGAGAUUGAACCCUUGUCUGAUGCGUUUGAGUCCUGACACUGCUUCUGGGUGGGGUUUCGCGCAUGGAUAAGGCGAGGGCGGCGGCCGCUGCGGGCGGCUCGGAAGCUCUGAUCGCGACUCUGACGAACGCGGUGCAGGCGCUCGGACGUGGGUUCGACGUCACCUCGGACGCGCGGCUGCUAUACUGUAAGGGCGCGCCCGGGUCCCGCCUCGUCGUCCUUGACGACUCCAGUAGGAGGAGCUUGGUCAUCGCGGACGGCGGCAGCGCAGGGGGCGAGAUCGUUCUCCCCGAUGUGCCCUUGGACAUCAAGAUCACCAGGGAGAGGGACCAGCGAGAUCCCUCCGGCGUCUGUAGUUUUCAACAAAUGGCUGAGCUUUUCAAUAAGAAGUUAGGUUUGUCUGGAACAGUUCCUCUUGGAAGCUUUAACUCAAUGUUCAGUGUCACUGGAUCUAGCAAAGUUGAUGCUGCAACAACCAAAGCUCUUGCUAUGGAUGGCUUUUACAUCCCUUUGUAUCAAGCUAAACUUAUAAGUGACGAAUUGGUUAUCCGUGAUGAUAUCAAGCAUGCUGUUCCUCGCAAUUGGAAUCCACCAAUGUUGGCUAGCUUUAUUGAAAACUUUGGCACCCAUAUAAUCAUAUCGGUUACAAUUGGUGGAAAAGAUGAGGUGUAUAUUAAGCAGCACCAUUCAUCUCAGUUAUCAGAGUUAGAAAUUGAAAACUAUGUUAAAGAAAUUGGGGACCAGCGGUUCUUGAACUUGCAACAUCAGUCAUUCAAUGCUCCCUUGAACUACAAAGACAAGGAUAUUACUAUUAUCUUUCGGAGGAGGGGUGGUGAUGAUCUUGUUCAAAAUCAUGCAGAGUGGGUGAGCACCGUUUCUUCAGCUCCAGAUGUUAUCAAUAUGACCUUUCUCCCCAUCGUUUCUCUUCUGACUGGAGUACCUGGAACUCAGAACCUAGUUCGUGCUGUUGACCUAUAUUUAGAGUAUAAGCCACCUAUAGAAGAAUUACAAUAUUUCUUGGAGUUUCAAGUACAAAGAGUUUGGGCUCCUGCACCAGUUAAUAUUCCUGGACACCAAAGAAAGGAACCCAUGUGCCCUUCUCUUCAGUUUAGUUUAAUGGGCCCGAAGCUUUAUAUUAGCACAGAGCAGGUAUCUGUCAAUCGUAAACCAGUCACGGGCCUUAGGCUAAGCCUUGAAGGGAGCAAACAAAACCGGUUAGCCAUCCACUUGCAGCAUUUUGCAACCUUACCGAAGAUCUUCUUACCUCACUGGGACUCGCACAUUGCAAUUGGCCCACCAAAAUGGCAAGGCCCUGAGGAGCAGGACAGUCGCUGGUUCGAACCCAUUAAGUGGAAAAAUUUUGCCCAUGUCAGCACCGCACCCAUUGAGAGUACUGAAACAAGCAUUGGUGACCUCUCCGGCGUUUACAUAGUGACAGGAGCUCAGCUUGGGGUAUGGGAUUUCGGUGCCAAAAGUGUCCUACAUCUCAAACUGUUGUUCUCUAGGGUCCCUGGCUGCACCAUAAGGAGAUCCGUUUGGGAUCACAGUCCCACUAGCCAGCUGCCAAAACUAGAGGAUACAUCCUCUUCCACUUCAGGAGACAGCUCCAAGCUUGCAAAGAUUGUUGACAUGACAGAGAUGCUGAAGGGGCCACAAGAUACUCCAGGCCACUGGUUGGUAACUGGAGCCAAAUUAGGGGUCGAGAAAGGGAAGAUUGUCGUGCGUGUAAAGUAUUCCUUGUUGAACUACUGAAUCCCAUCUCAUUAUCCUUUUGUUAUCCAGUUCAUUUUCAGUCCUUUGAGGCAUUCUUUAUAUGGAUAACAGCGUUAUUUUGUUCCUCCAUUACAUUAUUAGACAAAAUGUUAGUUAGCACAACCCUGUUGCCGCUGUUUGUGUUCUUGAGAAGCUACAUUCUUAUUUGUAACAUGAAAACAGUCCAUUUUGAAA